UUCUCUGUCUGGAAGGUUAAAAUUGAUCCCUCCAUUAUCUUCAUCUUCUCUUCUAUCAAGUUUCCCAUUGGUUUAGGGUUUUGCUGCCCGCCUGAUCCGUCGUCAAUGGAGGAGACCGGACUGAAAAUGGUUUGAAUUCUGCACAGAUGUCUGUAUGUAUUUCGCGUGAGCGUGUUUUAUGUUUAAGCGUUCGGGCAGGUUUCGGCGCUGAUUCGGGCCGCGUCUCAUGUGCAUUUUGCAUGUUUGAAGGAUUGAAAGAUUGUUUCUUGUUCGUUUCUGGGAUUGAUCGGGAGUUUGUAGGUUCUUGGGAUUGAAUUCUUGCGUGAAUGCGUGGAUCUGGUAUCGACUUUCGCCCCCUUGUGAAGAACAGAUCUUGAAAUUGGCUCCCCAACGCAGGUCGCAGCGCCCCAUGGGUGGCCAGAUGCAGCAGAGCAAUGCGGCGGCCACUGCUCUGUACGAUCACCCGGGCAAUGCCGCUGGCCCUGCAGGCGAUGCUGGAGACGCUGUCAUGGCUCGUUGGCUUCAGUCUGCGGGGUUGCAGCAUCUGGCUUCUCCCUUGGCCUCCACCGGGGUCGACCACCGCACACUCCCUAACAUCUUGAUGCAGGGGUAUGGAUCACAGUCUGUGGAAGAGAAACAAAGGCUUUUAAGAUUAAUGAGGAACCUCAAUUUUAAUGGUGAAUCUAGUUCUGAAUCUUAUAUCCCAACUGUGCAAAGCUCCGGAGGUAUUGGCAUUCCAGACGGCCUUUAUUCACCAGAACUCAGAGGAGACUUCGGUGCUGGACUUUUGGAUCUGCAUGCUAUGGAUGAUACGGACCUCUUAUCAGACAACGUCAUUUCUGAUUCAUUCGAGCCAUCACCUUUCAUGCCUGCCGUAAACAAAGCACUGUAUGGUGACUUUGAUGUGCUGAAUGGUUUGCAACAGAAAUCACACGUAGAUUUAGAUGCUUCAACUGGAAUUACAGGAAAUGAAUUAGAAACUAAUGCAAGGGAGAACAAUGUGGCAAAGAUCAAAGUAGUGGUGCGCAAAAGACCAUUAAACAAGAAGGAAGUUUCUCGUAAAGAAGAUGAUAUUGUUACUGUAUCAUCAGACAGUAGUUGCCUCACUGUGCAUGAACCCAAACUCAAGGUUGACUUGACUGCUUAUGUGGAGAAGCAUGAGUUCUGCUUCGAUGCUGUACUGGACGAGUAUGUGACAAAUGAUGAGGUGUAUCGUGCUACUGUGGAACCAAUCAUUCCAAUUAUUUUUCAGCGCACAAAAGCUACAUGCUUUGCUUAUGGUCAAACUGGAAGUGGUAAGACAUAUACCAUGCAACCCUUACCUCUUAGAGCUGCAGAAGACCUUGUUAGAUUGUUGAACCAGCCAAGCUAUCGUAAUCAGAGAUUCAAGUUGUGGCUUAGCUAUUUUGAAAUAUAUGGCGGAAAACUUUUUGAUCUUCUCAGUGACCGGAAGAAACUAUGUAUGAGGGAAGAUGCGCGGCAACAGGUUUGCAUUGUUGGAUUGCAAGAGUUUGAAGUUUCUGAUGUGCAAAUAGUAAAAGAGUAUAUUGAAAGGGGAAAUGGUGCAAGAAGUACAGGGUCCACCGGUGCUAAUGAGGAAUCGUCAAGAUCACAUGCUAUACUACAGCUUGCUGUCAAGAAACACAACGAGGUAAAAGAAUCUCGCCGAAAUAAUGAUGGAAAUGACUCCAAGGGUGGAAAGGUGGUUGGGAAACUUUCUUUUAUUGACCUUGCUGGUAGUGAAAGAGGGGCCGAUACAACUGAUAAUGACCGACAAACAAGGAUCGAAGGAGCAGAAAUUAACAAGAGCUUGUUGGCUCUCAAAGAGUGUAUACGUGCUCUUGACAAUGACCAGAUUCAUAUUCCAUUUCGAGGGAGCAAACUAACGGAAGUGCUUCGUGACUCCUUUGUUGGAAAUUCAAGGACUGUUAUGAUAUCCUGUAUCUCUCCAAAUGCUGGUUCUUGUGAACACACACUCAAUACAUUAAGAUACGCCGAUAGGGUUAAAAGUCUCUCAAAAGGCGGAAACACGAAGAAGGAUUCUGGCACCAGCACAUUUCCUCUAAACAAGGAUAAUUGUUCAGCUCCAUCUUUGCCGGUUUCUACUGAAGAUGAAGAUAUCUUUGAUCAGCUCCAAGAAUCUAAAAUACCCAGUAUGAGUAGAAGGGGUUUGGAGAAAGAAAGAUCAUACUACAAUUUCUCUAAUGAAUCUGAUAAACAACCUGCCAGUUUCUCUUCUGGUGCCAAUGGGAGUGACAGGUUUGAAGGGAAGAAUGCUUACUCGGGCCCACCUAGUGGUGUGGAAGAGAAGGCACAAAGGGUGUCUCCGCCUCGGAGGAGAGCUACAAGGGAUGAAAAGACUGAAAUACCUGAAAAGCCGGGAAUUUCGUCUAGAAAAGAUCUUUCCAACCCUGAUUUUCCCAGUAAAGGUUCUAAAGAUAUUGGAUCAAAACAGGAUUCGCUUCCACAGGAUGAUAAUAUCAAUGAAAUACUAGAGGAAGAAGAAGCUUUGAUUGCUGCCCAUAGAAGAGAAAUUGAAGACACCAUGGAGAUUGUCCGCGAAGAAAUGAAACUGCUGGCAGAAGUAGAUCAGCCUGGGAGUCAUAUUGACAAUUACGUUUCCCAGUUGAAUUUUGUUCUCUCCCGGAAAGCAGCAAGUCUGGUCAGCCUCCAAGCCAGGCUUGCAAGGUUCCAGCACCGGCUUAAAGAACAGGAAAUUCUUAGUAGAAAGAGGCCACCCCGCUAGCAAGCUGGUUGGUUUUCUCUUUUUUUUCCUUUGUUUCUCAAUUUGGUCAUAUGUAAUAUUAUACAGAAUGUUUGAAGGAUGUAAUAGGGCUUGUCUGUAGUUUCAUGCUUUAUGUGUACCCAGAAUGACCAUCCAUCUGAAAUCAUCCAGUGUACAAUCAAAGGGAAAUUAUGCAGUCUUUGUGGAACAAACCACUGGGGAGAGUGUUCAUAUUGUUCUUGAAACAUCAUAGGACACAACAGCUAGAGUGCUUUUUUUUGUUUUGUUUAUACAAUGCGAGAGACUAAAUUCAUGCCGUUCACCAAAAUUUGUUAAAUCCACUUCCCAGAUGACAAAUACUCAGAAAUAUUGUAUCAAAUUCUUAUUAUUGGAAGUGAACUUAGCAAAUUUGGUUUGAGCUUUUGACCGAGUGAAUGGAAUGAAAGUAUGUCUUAUUG